AUGGCCCUCCGACGGCAGAGUUUGUCGCCGACAGCCAAUUUGCUGCGCAAUUCGCGUCUCUUCUCUCUCCCAAACCCCCUCCCGCGCCCCCAGGUCUCCGAAAGUGUCGGCGCCGGCACCCAGAAAGUUUCCGAUACCGCGACUCUCCCAUACCCAACGCAUCAAGCGAUUGCGACGACACCAAGGUCGCUGGCACGAGGAGAUUGGGGUUUGAAGAGGCCGCUUCCCUCGCGAGCCCAUAUAGUGCAGACUAGCAGCCCCGUGGUCAAGGUGAAGCAGCUGGACACCAUCGAGCAUGUGACCGAUUUCGAUUCGGCGGCAGACCAUGUACGGACAAGGCAGAAGUUCGAGGAGCUAUCAGUGCCCAUGAUGAAGGGCAUGGCUGCCAUGCGAGACGAAGCUUUAGGAUUGCCGGCGGCCGGUGCCUUCGAGCGUCGGUCAGACGUAACGGCGUAUGAGUUGGACGAAGGCCUCGACGAAGCCGGCGUGGUCCUGGAAGCCAUCAAGAAGAGCGUGCUUGAGAAUGCUGCCAAGCGCAAGGGGAAAAAGGAUGAACACACUUUUGUUCCAUUCAACCUACCGCAACCCGACAUGGCCCGCCACAGCGCUCGCCGGUGGAAGCACGAAGGCCCAUGGCUUCCCGGAAUGAGCGCCGACGAGUUCACAAGAUACAUGACCGAACAGCUUUCCUCUCGGAAGAAAGAGUUCAAUAAGUAUCUACGUCACUAUGUGAAGAACGAAAUCUACACCUCACGCCAGGUAGCCUCAAGGAGCCAAACGCCCGAGAAUCCUCUAGAUCUCGAUGCCCACCUUGCACAGCAAGAAGACCCAGAGUUCAUCACCGAACAAGCUAAAAAGUGGGCUGACAUUUCCGAGGAUGAAAUCGACGCAGGCAUCAAGAAGCUUCGAAGCGAAGCCGCUGUCAACCCUCUACAAUCACGCCUAGUUCAGCGCCUGAUCGUACCAUUUCUCCGUAUCCCGACCAUCAAGCUCAAAGACACAACCUUCUCUGCGGACGCCAGGAGCGACGAUACCGUCAGGUACCGUUUUGACGACGACGUUGCACCCCUCUCUACGCAUCCCUCUGCCGGUCUGGGAUACCUCCGCACAAACGCAUACUUGACCAACCACCCCAUCCUCGGGCCACAAGACAAGCGUGCACCAGUCCAGGCCCGUGUAAUAGAGUCUCGCAAUGCAAGCAGACAGACCACAGCGAAGCUCGGUGUUGCAGGUUUCGUUACCAACGACGAAUUCGUAUCCACGGGCGAGAGGAGCGGUCGGUUCCGCGCGAACGAGGAUCCUGCCUACGAUAUCGAUGUCCGCACCGAAGGCGGCGCGAAGGUCAACAUUCUUCCUCAAUUCGCAUCCGUCACCAACAAUGGUCGCAUUCACAUUAAACUGAAACGAUCUAUCGGUGCAGAGGUACAGGUUGCCAAUGGCUCGCUAGAAGACAGGCCUCCCUCACGAGCAAACUUCGAAGGAAACUCAGAAAAUCUUCUGAGAAAUUUGGGCUCAGGAAGGAGUGGUACGGAGCUGGACGAGCAGAGCCCUCAGGCGCAACAAUUCAUGAUGCAAUUUGCAUCUGAUGCCAACGCAAACCCCUUCGCGGCGCGUGCGUCCAAGCCUUUCUCGCCUACAAGCCAGCCAGUGGAUGAGACGCAGAGCUUGGGUGAGAUGAGGCCAGGCGUGGCAGAGGCGAUAGGAGGAGAGGAUGAGAAGAGAAGAAGGUGA